AUGCAGGGUGCUGCAGCACCAGGUACCAAUUUGUUCGAAAUCAAUCUUCUCACGGGGGAGAAGAUUUCUCCCGAACGGACAAUCUGGCCCGGCUCCGGCGGCCUUUAUCCAGAGGGCCCCCAUAUCUACAAGCGAAACGAGCGGUACUAUUUGAUGAUAUCAGAGGGCGACACACAUGGGAAUCAUAUGGCCACAAUGGCCUGCGCCAAGGAUACCUGGGGCCCAUAUGAGUCAUGUCCUAAAAAUUCCAUCCUCACUGCUCGCGGAAAACCGAGUACAUACAUCCCGUUGGGCACUGCAACGCCUUUGAAGACGGCGAAGGGAGGUGGUGGGGUGUCUUUCUUGGGUGCGAAAAGACAGCACCGGUAG